AUGGUUGCCACUUGCCUGCAACUGGUUGGAUUUGUGACGAGCUUCGUGGGCUGGAUCGGCAUCUUGGUCACCACGUCCACUAAUGACUGGGUAGUGACCUGCGGCUACACCAUCACCACCUGCCGGAAGAUGGACGAGCUUGGCUCCAAGGGGCUCUGGGCAGAUUGUGUCAUGGCUACGGGGCUGUACCACUGCAAGCCACUCGUGGACAUCCUCAUCUUGCCAGGUUAUGUCCAGGCUUGCCGAGCCCUCAUGAUUGCAGCAUCAGUGCUGGGUCUACCCGCCAUCUUCCUGCUCUUGACUGUCCUGCCCUGUAUCCGGAUGGGCCAUGAGCCAGGGGCUGCCAAGUACAGGCGCUCUCAGCUGGCCGGGAUCAUGGUGAUUCUGCUAGCCCUGUGUGCCCUGGUGGCCACCAUCUGGUUCCCUGUGUGCGCCCACCGCGAGACCAUGAUCGUGAGCUUUGGCUACUCCCUGUACACGGGCUGGAUCGGGGCCACCCUCUGCCUCUUCGGCGGUUGCGUCAUCAUGUGCUGCUCCGGGGAUGCGCAGUCAUUCGGCGAGAACCGCUUCUACUACUCCUCAGGCUCCAGCUCUCCCACUCACGCCAAGAGUGCCCACGUAUAAGGAGCCACUGGACUUCCCCGGGCUGCCCACUGAGGUGCGCCAGCUGAUGGACCGACGUGCCAGCGGGUUGUCGCCACGCUCUGACGCAAAGCCUCCUCCCCAGUGUUCCGUAGCCUGAAUUGCCCACCUGCUGCCUUAAGAAAAAUCUCUCCCUCAGUUGUACCCCUCCUGUUGCCCACGGUUCUGCCCAGUCGAAGGUCUCCCCCCAAUGCAUAUUAAAGAGCCUUGGGCCACGCCUCUGUUUAUCCUUUUUGCUUUGGGUAUCUUAUUUCGCUUUGGCAGGGCUUUUUGUUCUGGGUGAUUUUUGCCCCUUCUUCUCUCUUAGCCCGCAUUUCUGAGAAGGGAGGAAAAAAAAAAAAAGACACUUUCAAGCUGUUUCCAGUGACCACGGGAACCUCGUCGCGCUCCCUCCCGGGCCACCCCGAUGGCUCAUCUUAAGUUGCAAGGUCACCUAAUUGUAACAAAUACAAAGAGAGAACGGGGCGGAUGGGGUGGGGAGGGAGGGAUGACGGGAAAUCUGGAACUUGCUGUGCCCGGGGAAAGUUGAGUUUUGGUAACUUGUCCGAGGGGGUGGGGCUCUUUCGGGUGAUUUUUUUUUCCGUUUUAAAAUUUGGGGCCUCCCGUCUCUCUGUACAUAACCUUUGAGUUUUCUCUGCUCUUUUUAGCAAUCAUGAUUUUCCUGAAAUUCUCCAUUCAUUGGCAUGAAGGAAAUGAACCAUUUAGGCUCUAACCACACGGUCCUUAACCACGCCUAGCUUCAAAUGAUAGUUCCUAAAGCAGCUUCAGAUUUUUUUUUUUCUUUCUUUCUUUCUGGGUACAGAGUAGUUCUUAAACUGUCAUUUCAGCUUGCCAUUUAACCAUUUAAAAACCACCACGACCACCACGACCACCGGCUUUCCCCCUUAGUGUCCCUUCUGACAACCAGCUUGACGUGGCAUUAUUGAACAUGUGCUGUACUGGGGUAUCUUUGGUCUCCUCCCAUGCUGGCCCGUUGUGCCAUCGCUAGAGAGACA